GGGAAAGCAAGCAGGAGGACAGGUGAGACAGCAGGACAGGACGGAGCAGGGCCCCAAGCCCCCGGGCCUGGCAGGAGACGCGCUUCUCCUCAUACCCGGUGCCCCAGCAGCUCCAGCCAGUGGACCCGACGGCCAAGAGGAGAAGAUGGGGAGCCCUGAGGAUGACCUGAUUGGGAUUCCAUUCCCAGACCACAGCAGUGAGCUCCUGAGCUGCCUCAAUGAGCAGCGCCAACUGGGCCACCUCUGUGACCUCACCAUCCGGACGCAGGGCCUCGAGUACCGAACCCACCGAGCUGUGUUGGCUGCUUGCAGCCACUACUUCAAGAAACUCUUCACUGAGGGUGGUGGUGGGAUGGGCGUGGGGGCUGGGGGCGGUGGGACGGCUGCUGGAGGAGCAGGGGCUGGGGUGUGUGAGCUGGACUUUGUGGGGCCAGAGGCGCUGGGUGCCCUGCUCGAGUUUGCCUACACAGCCACACUGACCACCAGCAGCGCCAACAUGCCGGCUGUACUCCAGGCCGCCCGGCUGCUGGAGAUCCCAUGUGUCAUCGCUGCCUGCAUGGAGAUUCUGCAGGGCAGUGGGCUGGAAGCCCCCAGCCCUGAUGAGGAUGACUGCGAGCGAGCCCGCCAGUACCUGGAGGCCUUCGCCACGGCCACGGCCUCCGGAGUGCCCAAUGGUGAGGACAGCCCUCCACAGGCGCCCCUCCCACCACCACCUCCACCACCACCUCGGCCUGUUGCCCGCCGCAGCCGCAAGCCCCAAAAAGCCUUCCUGCAGACCAAGGGGGCCAGGGCAAACCAUCUGCUUCCCGAGGUGCCGGCAGUGCCCACUCAUCCCUUGACUUACGAAGAGGAGGAGAUGGCAGGCAGAGUGGCCAGCAGUGGUGGCUGUGGGCUGGGGGACAGCUACAGCCCUCCCACAGGGACAGCCUCACCCCCUGAGGGGCCCCUGAGCUACGAGGGCUAUGAGGGUGAGGAAGAAGAGGAGGAGCUGGGCUAUCCCCCGGCCUAUGGGCUGGCCCAGGGCAGCGGGCCCCCACUGUCCCCAGAGGAGCUGGGCUCAGAUGAGGACGCCAUCGAUCCCGACCUGAUGGCCUACCUAAGCUCCCUGCACCAGGACGCCCUGACACCAGGCCUGGAUGGCCAGGACAAGCUGGUGCGCAAACGCCGCUCCCAGAUGCCCCAGGAGUGCCCGGUCUGCCACAAGAUCAUCCACGGGGCAGGCAAACUGCCACGCCACAUGAGGACCCAUACGGGCGAGAAGCCCUUUGCUUGUGAGGUCUGCGGCGUCCGCUUCACCCGGAACGACAAACUGAAGAUCCAUAUGCGGAAGCACACGGGAGAGCGCCCCUACUCAUGCCCACAUUGCCCAGCCCGCUUCCUGCACAGCUACGACCUCAAGAACCACAUGCACCUGCACACGGGGGACCGGCCCUACGAGUGCCACCUGUGCCACAAGGCUUUCGCCAAGGAGGACCACCUGCAGCGCCACCUCAAGGGCCAGAACUGCCUGGAGGUGCGCACCCGGCGGCGCCGCAAGGACGAUGCGCCACCCCACUACCCGCCGCCCUCGACUGCCACCCCCUCCCCCGCCAGCCUCGACCUCUCCAAUGGCCACCUGGACACCUUCCGCCUCUCCCUGGCUCGAUUCUGGGAGCAAUCAGCCCCCACCGGGCCCCAGGUUUCCACCCCGGGGCCCCCUGAUGAUGAUGAAGAGGAGGGGGCGCCCACCACGCCCCAGGCUGAGGGUGCCAUGGAGUCCUCUUAAAAGAGGGACAAGUGGCCAGCCUGGAGCAGCACAAGGCCGGGGACACCCAUGCCAAGCAGUGGGAGCAUACAGGACAGAGCUGGGGCUGGGGCACUGAGCCUUGCUGGCGUCAGCAUCACGCCCCCGCGGAGCCCUCAUUCCAGUUCCAAGCUGAGUUUUCCAGGCAGAGGCUCCCCAAAUUGGGGUUAUCCCCCAAGGAAUGAUACAUAUGAUAUUAUGUAUAUAUUUACAGCUCUAUUGUAAAGUGGGGUCCCUGUCCCCAGCUGCUCCUGGGGAGUAGAAGCAAUAAUGUAUUUCUGAUUUGUGGGGUCCCUUUUCGGCUAUGCGGGUUUCUAGGGGGUGGGAGGCUUGGGACCAAAACCUUGCCCCACCCCACAUCCCCUGGGGCUUUUGGCUGUGUAGGGGGGUGAAGGACUGGCCCUCCCUUCCAAGCCCCCUCCUCCCUGGUUUCUGUUCUCUUUUCCUGGCAGUGAAUUAUGCAAAGGGGGGCCAGCAAAGGAAGGGUAGGUGGGGGAAAGCAAGGUGGCAGCUUGAAAGACCGGGGGUACUGGGCCUGUAAGGAAGGAGCCAUCCCAGUACCCCUCCGCCCUGCUCCCAGCGCUGAGUCAUGGGGUCCUGAAGAAGAAGGGGGCGGGGUGGCCUGAUUGGCUCGCCCGCCCCUGGGGGCAGCCGGAGUGGCCCCGCCCGGCCAGGGAGCCGCUCCGCUCCCCUCCCCUCCAGCGUCCCGGGGCAGGGAAUGUCUUGUUCCCGCCGCUCCCUCCCGGGGCCAGAGGGCAGGGCGGGCCGGGCUGCGUCCUACCCUCUUCUCCUCCCCCCACCCCAUCUCCUCCCCGCCCAGGUGCGAGCCGGAGCCGCCGCCACCGCGGCCGCCUCUGACUCACGCCGCCCCCGGGCUGGCGCGGCGCGGGGUGUGGGACGGAGUGGGGCUGGGGGGAGCCCUGCGGAGAGCGGGCGAGCCGGCGCCAUCUGGCGGUCAUGUUUUGAGCGGGCGCGCGCCCCCGGCGGCCACCUCGAGUGAUCUGGCCUCAGUCAUCUAAGCACCCCAGCUGGUGAGCGGGCGCCCCCUUGCCAAGGCAGUGGGCAAGUCACUUGUCACUUGGCCGCUGGGAAAGUGGGCUGCGGACCUGUGAGAAAGGGGUCCCUCUCCCAGACCCUUGCCAGCCCGGGUUUCCUGUUGGGUAGGGGAGAAUAAUUACUUCACACUUCCCUUAGGAUUGAAUCCACCCCGUUCUGUACAUAGCCUCUUCUGUUGGUCCUGUUGAAAUCUAGUUUCAGAUUUUUAACUUCCCUAUUCUGCUGGGGGUGGGGGGUAUCUCCCCUCCCCCCUUCCUCGCUGGGUGCUGGACCCCCAUUGCGGCCUGGGCUCUGCCUUGCACUAUUUCCCCUCCCUGGCCUGGCGGCCCCUACUCCUCCUUAAAAGGGGCAGGUUCAGGGGCCCGGUGCUCUCCUCCUGUCCAUGCACCCCCAUGCCCAUUUGCACAGCUGCCCAGGUACCCCCAACAGUUGGGGGGAUGGUCACAGGGAGGGGGUAGUGGGACCAGUCCCUGAUCUAUUUAAAGAGUGAUGAUGUAAUAUAUUGGGGGGGGUCAGGUUGCUCUGGGCCUCAUCUUAGCAUUUCAGGUGAUGGGUGGAGCCCAGGACUGGGAGACCUGGGGCGUAGCCCCAGGGUGUGGGGACAUUGUGGCCUCCCCUCCCCACCAUGCCGCUUUUCCAGUCAGUGCCUUAGGAGGGGAGGCAGUACCCCCUCUCCUGUCCCCCCCCCCCCACCUCGGGUGUAAACGACAGGAAGAAAUAAUAAUAAUUUAAGAUUCA